AGAAUAAAGAAUCGCUAUACCAAUGUUUUACCAUUUGAUUAUACUCGAGUUAAGUUGUUACCAGUUGAUGACGAAGAAGAGUCAGAAUAUAUCAACGCUAAUUACUUACCAGGUUAUAAUGGUAAAAGAGAAUAUAUAGCGGCCCAAGGUCCAUUACCAUCAACAACAGAUGACUUCUGGAGAAUGUUAUGGGAAAACCAAGUAUCUGUGGUGGUCAUGUUAACCCAAUGCAUGGAAAAGGGAAGGGUAAAAUGCGAGAAGUAUUGGCCUGAUUCAACCGAUCCUGUGUAUUACGGAGAUUUAGUGGUUCAACUGAGAUCAGAAUCUAAUCUUCCUGAUUACAAUAUACGUUUGUUCCUAUAUUUAUGUAUUUUGCAGGGAAUGAAAAGCAGAACAAUCAAGCAAUUUCAUUUCCUUAAAUGGCCAGAUUUUGGCUGCCCCGAGAAAACCUGGUUAUUGUUGAACUUCGUAACAGCAGUGAGAGCUCAUCUGUCAAAUUCUUGCACUGGUCCUAUUGUUGUACAUUGCAGUGCUGGUGUUGGUAGAACUGGAACCUUUAUAGCAACUGAUAUGCUUUUGCAACAAAUACCCGAUUCUGAAGAAAUUGAUAUUUUUGGUUUGGUUUUGGAGAUGAGAGAAAAUAGAAGUUUGAUGGUUCAAACUGAGAAUCAAUAUAUCUACAUACACGAUUGUAUUCGAGAUGCCUUAAUAGAUGACACUGAUGAGGAAGAACUAGAAGAAAAUAUUUAUGAAAAUGAAGGUUUGUACCUUUCUAUAUCAAUAUCAAUAUGGUCGCAAAUGGCCCUUAUUCCAUGCAGCCGCUUGAAUAUCAUACGUAAUGUCCACGUAAUGGCACAGUCACACCGGACUGCGACCAUUUGCGAUCUUACGGCGACCGGAAUUACAAGGUCGCGGUCAAACGUGAGGAAAAUAUGA